AUGGCUCUAAACACAACUUUGACGACUACCGUUACUAAAACAUCGACACCAGCGGUAACAAUACCACUGUCCAGCCCAGGCCGUUUACAAAUCCAUCCUCAUCAGUACACUGGGCUUGAUAAGGAAUGGCGGGCUCUCUGGAACAAUUACGGAGGCUCAAUGGUGCGAGCUGAUGAAGUUACCCUAGAGGAGUACAGAACCGACCCAGCCAAACACAGCUUCACGUACCCUACAUGCCCAGGCCCAGAUGUGUUUCAAGUCGAAGACCGUCAAGUCUCAGUGUCGCAGCCGACUGGAGAAAUAACAGUGAGAAUCUACUCACCUGAGGGGCCGGGUCCGUUCCCAGUGCAUCUCAAUUUCCAUGGUGGCGGUUGGGUGUUGGGAAGUCUCAAGUCCGAGGCAGCAUGGUGUCGGCACAUCUGCAACAAGUCCAACAUCAAGGUCAUUGAUGUGGAUUACCGGAUGGGACCAGAGUUGAAGUUUCCAACUGCCAUUUAUGACUGCUGGGAUGCAGUCAAAUGGGCUAUUAACAACGCUGAAACGUUGAAUAUUGAUGCCAAGAGUGUCUCCUUUGGUGGGCUCUCCGCUGGCGGUCAAAUGUCUGCGGUCCUCGCACAUUUUGCAAGGGAUGAAAACGUGAAUAUUAAACUCCAUAUGAUGGUGGUGCCAGCGACGGACAUGCGCUACUGCAGCACGAAGAUUAAGCAGCUGACAUCGGAAAAUUGCCCAUACGAAAGCGCUCGACUCUUUGCAGACCUGCCCUGGGGCCCAUUGGGGCGUGAGCAAUGGUUCCUAAAGUACUGGCUUGGAGAAGAUCCUGAUGAACAAGAACGAGCUCUGAACACCUGGAUCCUAACCCCAGUUCUCGCCCCAAAUAUGAAGAACUUGCCUCCGGCGCACAUAGUCACCGCCGAAUUUGACCUGGAACGGGACGAAGGAGAAUUUUAUGGUCAAAUGCUGAAGGACGGAGGAAACAGUGUGACGAUGAAAAGAUAUCCUGGCGCACCGCACGCUUUCGCGCACUACAAUCAUCCGACAAGAGGACUGAAGUCGAGCUUCGAAUUCAUAGAGGACACUGCGAAGCUUCUUAGAUAUGUACACUAUGAUUGA